GAAAACUCGAAUAUAUGCUAAAGGAAUAUUUCAGAGGGUUUGAUGUUUGCUUUUCAUAUACAGAGAAUAUACAGUAUUCUCUUUUCUAUAUGUUUAUAGAUCGUAGGGCUAGCUUCACUGUAGCUAAUUUCAUAAAAAUCUUUAUCUCUUUCUCUACCUUUUUGUUUUAUUUAAACCAAAGAGACUUCUUCUUCUUCUUCAUUUUUAUUAAUCUCUCUGUUUCUUCUCAUCGCUUCACGUCAUCUUUAACUUCAAUCUUAAAAAUCUUAUCUCUUUCUCUACUUUUUUUUUAUUUGAACCAAAAGAAACUUCUUCUUCACGUCAUCUUCAUCUACUUCAUGUCGUAUCCUAUUCCUAAUCCACUCAAUUCUUCAUUAGAUGAAGCAUUUGAUAACAUGUUUGAUGAAUUUUUUGAUAACGCAUUUGACAAUUUUUUUGAUAACGCAUUUAAUGACGCAUUAGAUGCUUAUGAAAAACGUCAACAGGCAAACAAUGCAAGAGAACGAAUUCGAACUCGUCGAGCACAUAUAGAAAGAGGUCGUGAGGAGAAUAAUAAUACAUCAAAAAAAUCGAAACUUUAUCCGGUUAUGAGCCUUGAUUCGAAGGAACAACAACAACAACAACCCAACAUGGCUUCAACAGAUUUCACCAACCAUACCCUUACUACUACUGCCUUCUCUUCUUCUUCUUCCUCUGUAGCUCCUUUUGAGGUAAAGACAACAUCAACAGGUACGAGUAGAGGAAGGAGAUGGUGGGAAAAGUCAACGACACACAACAUGUUAGAGAUUCAAUCUGCUAAUCAUCUUGUUAACUCUUUGUUAAACGCUGGUGAUAGAUUGGUUGUUCUUCAUUUCUUCUCUCCUGGUUGCGGUGGCUGCAAAUCUCUGCACCCUAAGAUCUGUCAACUGGCUGAAUCAAACCCAGAUGUGAUAUUUCUCAAAGUGAAUCAAGAAGAGCUUAGGACAAUGUGUCAUGGCCUUAACGUUCAUGUGCUUCCUUUCUUUAAGUUUUAUAGAGGAGCUGAGGGUAAAGUCUGUAGCUUUAGCUGCACUAUUGCCACCAUUAAUAAGUUGAAGAAAGCUUUGGACAAGCACGGGAGUGAAAGAUGCAGCCUCGGAACAGCAAAGGGAUUGGACGAGAAGGAACUGGCGGCUUUAGCAUCGGUUGGGGAACUUAAAAUGAAUCUAAACUCGUUCAAACAGUACCAAACUAGUAGCAGCUUCGGUUCUAAAACAGAGGAACAAUAUGAUAAAGUGAUGCUAUGAAGACAUGAUCGACUGAUCGUUUCAUAAGGAUUCUUGAAUUGUAGAUAUCGUUAUGAUUAAAUUGUUUAGGCUUUACCAAUGGUAAUUUCAAUUAGCUCCUAAGAUUGAAUCAAUCUGUAUUGAAAUCUAAAUAUGUCUUAUUUCGACAGUUUAGUAAUCUUAUUAGGACUUCAAAGUUUCAAUUCAAUCACUUAAUGUAAGGAGGAACAUGCUUCUACACUGUUGAUCAUCUCUGGAUUAAGAUCUUUA